GGUGGUGGGUUAGAGGAUAAUGUGCGGGGAAGGGUAGUUCUUGUGGUGGUGCUGCGCCUCUGGCUCGUUGCUCGCAUAGUACAUCUGGGAAGCAGCAGCAUCGGCAUUGUGUCGAGCUGCAGAUUAGAAGAACGGAAGGGAAGGGAGGCGAGCGGAGAGGCGCGACGAGAAGAGGGGGCCAGCAUGAUGAGGCGGGCGACAUGUCAAUGGGCGGCGUCGGCGAAGCAGCUCGCCGAGCGCGCCGUGGCGCCCCAGCUCCAACGCCGCGGGUAUGCCGAUCAGUCGACAUUGAAGAAGACGGUCCUGUAUGACUUCCACGUCGAGAAUGGGGGCAAAAUGGUGCCCUUCGCGGGCUGGAGCAUGCCCAUCCAGUACAAGGACAGCAUUAUGGACUCCACCACCAAUUGCCGAAGCCACGGGAGCCUUUUCGAUGUGUCUCACAUGUGCGGAUUGAGCCUCAAGGGCAAGGAUGCCAUUCCCUUCCUGGAGUCGCUGGUCGUGGCGGACAUCGCCUCGCUGCCCAAUGGCACCGGAACUCUGUCGGUCUUCACCAAUGACAAGGGCGGAGUGAUCGACGACACUGUCAUCACCAAGGUCACGGACGAGCACAUCUACAUGGUCGUCAAUGCCGGAUGCCGUGAUAAGGAUUUGGAGCACAUGGAGAACCACCUCAAGCCUUUCCAGCAGAAGGGCAAGGACGUCGGAUGGCACAUUCACGACGAGCGCUCUUUGCUGGCCAUCCAGGGGCCCCUGGCUGCCCCCACUCUGCAGAAGCUCACCAAUGCCGAUGUCAGCCAAAUCUACUUCGCCGACUUCAAAUUCCUCGAUGUCAAUGGCGCCGCGUGCUACGUCACCAGGACCGGAUACACGGGCGAAGACGGUUUCGAGAUCUCCGUCCCCCACGAGAACGCUGUGGAUCUGACCAAAGCCUUCCUGGAGAAGAGCGAUGGCCAAAUCCGGAUGACUGGACUGGGAGCCAGGGAUAGUUUGAGAUUAGAGGCCGGUCUCUGCUUGUACGGGAACGACCUCGAGCAGCACAUUACGCCCAUCGAGGCCGGUCUGGCCUGGACCAUCGGAAAGAGAAGACGAGCUGAGGCCAAUUUCCCCGGAGCUCAGGUUAUCCUCCAACAGCUGAAGGAUGGGCCGACGAAGCGCAGGGUGGGUCUUUCUGCAGGCGGAGCUCCAGCGAGGAGCCACGCCGAGAUCUUGGAUGCCAGUGGUAAGGUCAUCGGAGAGGUCACCAGCGGAGGGUACAGUCCGUGUUUGAAGAAGAACAUUGCAAUGGGUUAUGUCGAGACCGGAAACCAUAAGGCUGGCACACCCAUUCAGGUCGUCGUGAGGGGCAGGACGAGCGCCGGUGCCAUCACCAAAAUGCCUUUCGUGCCCACCACAUACUACAAGAAACCUUGAAGGAGGCCCAAAGCAUUCUCUCCCGUCCUGUGUUUCUCCGAGGGACACACCGUGUCGACGCAGCAUUUGUUGCGCAGCGUUAUAUCCCUCCCUGAAUCCGUGUGGCUGAAGCUCAACGCUGUCGAAUUCGCCGCUUGUUGCUUGAGCUCGAUGCGGUGUCACCUCGGGUUCAGGAGUUUCUUUCUUUUGGAGCGGAACACUCGGUGCCACAGACUAAAUAUUUCGUGCUUGGCUCCAAUUCUGCAGGCUCGGCGUAAAGUAGAUUAGACGUUCAAUUGGGUGUAAAAAUAGGGCUCUCAAUUCGAACUCUGAUAUGAAGUUGUAGAUAGAACUGUACUUCAUGUCUGCAGUAGAUUACACUUCAGAUGUGGACCCGAAUUGAAAGGCAUCAGUUGGUCAUCAAGGAAGUAGAAUUUUCUCAAAGGAGGCUGUCAUCCAUG